CAAAAUGUUCAAGUCAAAGCAGGCAGACUCAGAAGGAUACGGUACAUUCACAAUGCUGCUUGUACCUGUUUUAUUUUGGUUUGCAUCUCUCACAAAGGUUGUCUCAGGGGCAGAUUGGUGCUACCAGUCCCAAGUUACAUGCAAUCACACAUGCACAGGUCCAGAAGAAUGGGGAGUGGUUUCACAGAACUGCAUUGGCAGAUCUCAGUCUCCAGUGAACAUUGUCACAAGGAGAGUACUACCAGAUGAACGGCUCACUCCUUUUCACUUCACUGGAUAUCAAGAGGCUUUUCACGGUCGCCUCAUAAACAACGGUCACACUGUUCAACUGGAUUUACCUUCUAGUAUACGGAUCGAAGGAGGAAAUCUGGUUACACCUUACAAGGCAGUUCAACUUCACCUGCAUUGGGGAAAAGAUGGAGGGCCAGGAUCCGAACACACCAUUGAUGGAGAACAAUUUCCAAUGGAGAUGCAUAUUGUCCACAUAAAAGAAGAACACAACAAUUUAUCCCAGGCUGCAAAAGACCACACAGGCGUGGCGGUUCUUGGAUUUUUAUUUGAGGAGUCCAAGUCUGCAAAUAAGAAAUUUGAUCCCCUUAUUAAUGCUCUGAAAAACAUCACACAACCCACCAACAGCACGACACUGAUGGGUGUGUCCCUGGAAAUGUUAAUACCUCCUCCAAAAAAUAUGACCAAGUACUUCCGUUAUGAAGGCUCCCUCACUACACCUGACUGUGAUGAAGCUACCGUCUGGAGCCUGUUUGAAAACACCGUUCCUCUGAGCAGAAACCAGCUCGCUGCGUUCUCCCAGCUUCAGUUUUCCAAUGGAAAGCAGAUGGUGGAAACCUACAGACCAGUGCAGCCCUUGAAUACACGGCAGGUGUAUUACUCCGGAGGCCAUGUUGCUCUGGUUAGCACCGUGUUACUCAUCAUGUCAGUGCUGGUAUCCAGUGCCCUGUCUCUGUCUCCCUCCGUUUAA